AGUUUACCAAGGACUUCUGUUCCGAAAUCGAAAAUUCGGCUCCGGUCAUGUGGCGGUCACUACGAUUGGCACGUCCUAAAUCUAAAAUUGCAUUAAAAAAUUCAAGAUUCCAGAGACUUUAUUCAAGUUCCAGUUCAUCAACAAGCGGUGGUUCUGGGAAAGUUAUUUUUGGAUUGAUUGCAACUACUGGCAUAGGAGUUACUGGAGCUGUGGUUUAUGGAAAAUAUGAUCCAAAAUUCAAAGCUUUGUUGGAGGACAAAGUUCCCUACAUCAGUUACAUAUAUAAAUGGUUUCCUGAUGGAGAUCAAAAGACCAUUACCAAUCCAAAGGCAGUAUCUCGACCAGAGACAAAGGUGAGAGAUCCUGAAGUGAUGGGUCUUUUGCAAAAGAAAUUAGACCGAGAAAAAUCUGCCACUUCUCAGCCUUCAAAACCUUCAUUAGAGUCGAAGAAUAAAGAAGCAUCUGUGAUAAAGGAUGAUAAAAAACUUGAUGAUGAUAAUGUUAAUAUAUCUGGCUCCAAAGCUUCUGCACAGAUAAUUGAAACCAUGGAUAAGCCUUUGGAUUUUGCAUCAAAUGAAAGUUUAGUAGCAGACAUGAUCAAAAAACUUGAAAAAAAUUCCGAAGAUGCAGUGACUGCCCACAAAACAGCUGCUUCAAAAAUCAAGUUUUAUACAUCUAAAUUAUAUGAAGCCUUAGAUUUACCAGAGGGGAAAGAUGGUGAUAUUAUUUGGAAAGAAGCCAAUGAAGCCAAUAGUGAAAAACUCAAAGCGUUAAACAUUGCAAAGAAAAAAGCUUCUGAAACAAAGAUAACUGUUGAAAAAUUAAAAGCAAAUGUUCUAAAACUAGCUGAAAGUGAUGUUAGUAGUCCCCUUAUACGGAAUGGAGAAGAAGCAAUUACAAAAGUCAUGCAAGAACUGCAAAAAGCAGAAACAGAGGUUAUAUCAGCUGAAAAUGAAGCUAAAACUGCUACCGAUUAUCAGAAUCUGGUUAAUUCAAGCAAGGAGCAGUUUAGAAGGGAACUGCAAACAGUUUUACCAAACUAUUUGCACCCUGAGAAAGAUAAAACAUUGACUGACAGUGAUUUGAACCUCUUAAUUGCUCAUGCCCAUCGAAGAAUUGAACAGUUGCAGAAGAAAUUAGCUAAGCAACAGGUAUCUGAAAAGUUAAAAGUUGAUCAAGCUGUACAUCAGCAGAAGAUGGAGGACGAAAAACUAGUUGAAUUUAAAGUAGAAUCUGAAAUAGGAAAGCGACAAAUGGAUUUAGAGACUGCUGUUGCAAAUCGUGUUGCAGCUCUGAAAGAUAAUUUUGAAAUUGAACUUAGGAAACAGUUAGGAAGACAAGCUGCCGCACAUGCUGACCAUCUUCAAGAAGUUCUAAAGGUGCAAGAACAGGAAAUAGAAAGAAAACACUCAUUAGAAGUGGAGGAAAGACUACUGCAUCAAAAAGGUGUAUUUAUCUCUGAAGUCUCUGGAAAUAUAGCCCGAUUAAAAGGAAUUCUAAACUUUUUGAAAGCUAAAAGUGAGUUUGAUAAAGCAUCUAAAAAAGCACAAGCAAUGUGGCUUGCUUGUCAGGCAAUGAAGAGUAAAAUUAGUGAAGACAAAUCUGGAAAUUUACAUCCAUUGGCUAAAGAUAUAGCUGCUAUAAAAAUUGCUGCUGAUGAAGAUAGUAGUUUCAUUAACAGUGUUUUAUCCACUAUACCAACAGAGGCUGUUAAUAGAGGAGUUUUCCCUAAUGAAGUUUUGAAACAAAGAUUUGAAAAUGUAAAAAAUGUUUGCCGAAAGGUCGCAUUAAUUGAUGAAAACAAUGACAGUAUGUACAGGUAUUUCCUAUCAUAUGUGCAAUCAUUUUUAAUAAUUGACACUGUUUUAAUUCCUAAGGAAGAGUUAGAAGGAAAAGUUGCUGUUGAUCCAUCUGAGUGGGAUACAUUUGAUAUUUUGUCUAGGAUAUCAUAUUGCUUAAAAAUUGAUGACAUGGAACAAGCUUUACGAUAUGCCAAUCAAUUGAAAGGUGAACCAAAAGUAGUGGCUAAAGACUGGAUGAAUGAAGUUCGAUUGCUUCUAGAGACACAAUUAGCUGUAAAAGCUCUUUUAGCACAUGCAGCUGCUGUGGGUGUUCAAGCAUACCAUUAGUAAUAAAUUAUGCUAAAAUAGUUAAUUUUUGUAAUAAAACAUAACUAUAAUUGUCCAGCAUAGUUGUAAAAGUGACAGUUUUAUCAUUUAUUUCUUUUUCUAAAUGACAUUCAGUAGAACCUUGAUUAUUUAAAACUCUUUUAACCACAUUUUUGUUUUAAGAGUCAGUUUCGUUAUCAUUUUUUUUUUUUUUUUUUGCUUAGUAAACUCUCCCUUCUAGGUUACCAUAUUUCCUUCUGCAGGCAUUGAACUAUUUGCAUUUCUAGUGCUUUUUCUUUCAUAAACCCACCAGUAACUUUAACUAAAUAAUUCUAGGGUUUAAAAUACUAUUAAAAUUUUUAAAAGCAAUCAAAUCUAGAAGCAAAAUAUUGAUUUAAUUAUAUAUAUAUAUAUAUAUGUAUAUAUAUAUAUAUAUGUAAUUUCUAAAGCUUAUGAGCAAAAAAAAAAUUAACCAUGUAUUUAAAAACACUGUAGUUUACUAUAUUACACUUGUAAAAUCUACAUUGCAUUUUAUGGCAUGUAUGUAUUGAACAAAUUUAUUGUUUAUAACUCUAGUAACCAUCACAUAUAGUGGCUAUUUUGUAAAUGUGUGUUUGUUUAAAAUCAUGGUUAAAAUUUCUGCAGUCUUCCGACAGCCAUUUUUAAGUAUUCUUUUGGCCAGAAUGUUUGAUUUUCUGAAGGAUUUCUUAUCUCAAUCACAUUUGUUAAUCAAGGUUCUACUGUGUUUAAAAACAUUUUUUUUUCUUUUCUCAGUGGUUCAUCAGGUAAUCAAGAAUCAUUUAUACAUGCUACAAUUAAUUAAACAAAAAAUUAUUGGUGCCUUUUGAUGAAUUAGAUGUAAGCCAUUAAAAUAAAAUAAGUUAUUAUAUAUUUGUUAUAUUAAAAAUACAACAAAAUGUUUUUUAAUAAAGUUUCUUCAUAUAGAUA